AUGGUCCGCCUCAAACACCGCUACAUCCUCCUCGACAUCCUCUAUCCCGAUCCCUCAACAUGGCCUGCAGCCACCUCCCGCACCAAGAGCAACAACAGCAACAGCAACAGCAACCCCCAAUCUAAAUCCAAAUCGCAAGCACAGCUACAAAUCCACUCGCCCACAUCCGACGCCCUAACACCCGGUCUCCUAGCAAAGAUGGUGCGAGAGGAAGUCUCCCUCAUGUUUGGCGAUUACGGUGUUGGUAGAUUAGGUGGGGCUGGCGCGGGGGGUAUUAGUGUGAAAUAUCUCUCCCCCGCUACUUCGACGGCGAUUAUUCGGUGUCCUCGCGCGUCUUUCCGGCUUGUCUGGACGGCGUUGACUUGCAUGUCGCAGGUUCCCGGGUUUACUGAGGGUGGAGCGAAGAGGUCGAGUUCGACCAGGGCUUGUGUGUUUCGGGUUAUUAGGGUGUCGGGGACGAUGCGCAAGGCUGAGGAGGAGGCGAUUCGAAGGGCGAGGAGGGAGAUUGUGAGGUUGAGGGAGGCGGAGGAGAGUGGGGUUUUGGAGGGGUUGUUGGGUGGUUUGGUUGAUGUGGGAGGGGAGGUGAGUACGCCGGGUACUGGGGGGGAGGGGGAUGUGGAUUUGGGUGUGGAUGUGGAUGUGGUGAUGGAGAGUGAGGAUGAUGAUUGA